AUGAGUGACAUUAACAUAUUUAUCACAUCUGAUUUGACUUCAUCAGAAAGAAGAGUAUCACCACAAUGGUCACUAGACCAUUUUAAACAAAAAUUAGAACUCAUCACUGGUGUUGAGCCUCGAAAUCAAUUGCUUCAAUAUUUCCCCAACAAGUAUUCCAAUGAAUUUAUCCAGCUCUCAUCACCACCGUACUUACAAGAGAAGGAUCAGGAUACCAACUUGGCCCAAUUGGAGUUAAAAGAGUAUAGUCGUAUACAUGUCAUUGACAUGGACCCCGAUUCCACCACAAACCAAAUUUCAUCAACUAUUUCACCAUCUGUAGCUAAUACUACACCAGAAUAUCAAAUGUCAGAAGAAGAGUAUCGUAAACGAAACAAUACCGUCUUACAAUGGAAACAAGAUAACAAACUUGGUCGAUUCGAUCCCGAAUAUGAACUAUUACAAAAACACAUUGCUGAAGAAAACGCUGCCAAAUUAGCAACAAUCCACAUAAAUGAUCGAUGUCGUGUGAUAAACAUUGAAGGCGAAAGAAGAGGAACAAUACGAUUUGUCGGCAAGAUUGGUCAUUUGGAUGGCGGCAAACAAGAUUGGGUGGGUAUUGAAUUUGAUGAACCUGUUGGCAAAAAUAGCGGUGAUAUUGAUGGGGUACAAUUGUUUACAUGUCGGCCUAAUCAUGGAAGUUUUGUCAAGCCUAAGCAGAUUGAAGUUGGGGACUUUCCCGAAUUGGAUCCAUUUGCUGAAGAUGAUUCUGAUGAAGAGCUAUAG